UUCUCAAAAUGAAGUGUGGUCAGACCCAUCGCGUCCCAUUCAUUGGAACCACGGGCGACACCCCACCCGACCUACUUCCCCCGGACCCUCGUCCCUCAGGGUUCCACCCCAACAUCGCGUUCACUUCCCCUCGUUAGUUUGCUCACUUCAUACGACAGGAGGAUGUCACGUUCUACUAAGUGAACGUCAUGGAUCUUCUUCGCUACGAUCCACUCUGUCCCGAGGUUGAGCUCAUCUCUCUGGAGCCCGAUCCCCCUGACUCUCCUUCCAUCUUCGCGGCUCCCAUCUCUACAUCCACUCGUCAGCCUGCGGAUACCCCCUCCACGUCUCAGGCCCCUGCGCCGUCGACUGUCGAGUCCACACAUACGUCUCGUGCUGACGCAAACGCCGAGGAACUCACACGGUUCACGGCAGACUUAGAGUCGGCCGUUCGCAACCUGAUUCGAGAGUACCGCGACGUCUUUCCCCCGUAUUUCUCAUACARCGGKAUUCCCCCRAUGCRCGGUGUUAAGCWUUYUAUGCAGCUCGUGCYUGACUAUCGUGUUCACCAUCAGGCACCGUACCGACUCUCGAUCCCAGAGGCGAUGAAACUCAAGCGUCAGCUUGAGGAGCUCCUUCGACUGGGUUUCAUUAAACCCAGUAACUACCCUUGGGGUGCACCUGUCCUCUUUGCUCGCAAAGUGGACGGAACUCUCCGCCUGUGCAUCGACUACCGCGGCCUUAAUCGUUACACGGUUAAGAACAACUAUCCCAUGCCCCGUGCGGAAGAGUUGUUUGACCGUCUGGCAGGCAACCGCUUCUUCACGAAGAUCGAUCUUUGUAGCGGUUACCACCAGAUCUGCGUUGCCACAGAGGAUCAGUCGAAAACCGCCUUUCGGUCGCGCUUCGGCCACUACGAGUUCACGGUGAUGCCAUUUGUCCUCACCAAUGCCCCCGCCACCUUCCAGACGACGAUGAACGACAUCUUCAGGGACAUCCUUGAAGAAUACGUUCUCGUAUACCUGGACGACAUUUUGGUAUACAGUCGUACCUUAGAAGAUCAUCUCAGACACCUCCGCGAUGUCCUACAACGCUUACGCAAGCAUGGCUUCUAUGCCAAGCUCAGUAAGUGCCGCUUUGCCCAGAGCAAAGUGGACUUCCUAGGACACCAUGUGUCUGACCAGGGUCUCUACAUGGACAACGCGAAGAUCACUGCUAUUGCAGAGUGGCCCGUCCCCACAUUUGCCAAGCAGCUUCGCAGUUUCCUAGGCCUCACCAGCUACUAUAGUAAUUUUAUCCAGGGAUACGCUAGAUAUUCCUACGUCCUUACCUCUACCCUCCUCGGGAAGAACCCGUCGUGGUUUUGGACACCCCUGUGAGAGGACGCCUUUCGCGCCCUCAAGAAGGCGGUGACCUGUGCGCCGGUUCUUCGCCUUCCCAAUUUUGAUCGUCCCUUUAUUGUCACCACCGAUGCGUCAGAUUUUGCAGUAGGAGUUGUCCUUUCUCAGGUGUUUCCCUCUCCUCCAGAGUCACCUUACCCCCAUGUUCCUCCUUUCCUCCCCUCUUGCUAACACUGCUUCUCGACUGACGCCUACCCUCCCACCACUUCCCUCCACUGACAAUCCUCCUGUUACUUACUCCCCGACCAUCGCGGAGGAUGGGACUGUCGAGACUCGUGCUGGGGAUGGCCCGAUCGCAUUCUACUCCUGUCAGCUACUGCCUGCUGAGAUAAACUACACUGCCGAUG